CAGGGGCGGGGCCACCGCGCCCCUCAGCCGGGAGCCGCCAUGUCUGUGGCGUUCGUGCCCGAGCGGCAGCGCGGGAGGGCCGAGGUGAACCAGGACACGCUGCAGCGGCUGCUGGAGGAGAACGACCAGCUGAUCCGGUGCAUCGUGGAGUACCAGAGCAAGGGCCGCGCCACCGACUGCGUGCAGUACCAGCAUAUCCUGCACAGAAACCUCAUUUAUUUAGCUACAAUUGCUGAUGCUACUCCGCCCAGCACGCAGAAGCCUGCAGACUGACUGCAAUACCUGGACCUGAGCAGGGCUUUCAGAGGCCGUAGAAAUAGUUUAGAGUCCCACUUUGAGAGCCAAGAAGGUGUGGGUUUGAAAAAAAUCAGGUAAAAAGUGAUCUGUACUUCUGUGUUUAAAAUGUGAAUGUACUUUUCAGUAUAUUAUUCGGCCAGCUUUUCCCUUGUUACUGUAACUAACACAGUUUAAGAACGAUAAUUAUUACAUUCCCUUUUCCCUCUGAAAACCUCAAGUCAGUGUACUUGUGGGAAUAGCCUGGUUGUCAGGACAGCACUGUGGGAAGCAAAGCCCAUCUCAUGAGUAAGGUUCUGUAAUAACAAGGUCGAUGUUAUGCUACAUGACUCCUAUUUCCAGAAUGUUGGGCAAUUCCAAAGUUGGGCAUGUGUUCUGUAUAUAAAAGCAGUAGACUCUUUUGUAUCCUGUAUCAGAACAAUUGUGCUAAAUAAACUAAAGAUGUUCUUUGUAAA